AUGUCGGAUACGAAGGUAAAAGUUGCCGUCCGGGUCCGGCCCAUGAACCGGCGAGAACUGGAACUGAGCACCAAGUGCGUGGUGGAGAUGGAAGGGAACCAGACGGUCCUGCACCCUCCUCCUUCCAACACCAAACAGGGAGAAAGGAAACCUCCCAAGGUAUUUGCCUUUGAUUAUUGCUUUUGGUCCAUGGAUGAAUCUAACACCGCAAAGUAUGCUGGUCAAGAGGUGGUUUUCAAGUGCCUUGGGGAAGGAAUUCUUGAAAAAGCCUUUCAGGGGUAUAACGCUUGUAUUUUUGCAUAUGGACAGACAGGCUCAGGAAAAUCCUUCUCUAUGAUGGGCAAUGCUGAACAGCUGGGCCUCAUCCCAAGGCUCUGCUGUGCUUUAUUUAAAAGGAUCUCUCUGGAGCAAAAUGAGUCACAGACCUUUAAAGUGGAAGUAUCCUAUAUGGAAAUUUAUAAUGAGAAAGUUCGAGAUCUUUUAGACCCCAAAGGGAGUAGACAGUCUCUUAAAGUUCGAGAGCAUAAAGUUUUGGGUCCGUAUGUAGAUGGUUUAUCCCAACUGGCUGUCACUAGUUUUGAGGAUAUUGAGUCACUGAUGUCUGAGGGAAAUAAGUCUCGGACAGUAGCUGCUACCAACAUGAAUGAAGAAAGUAGCCGCUCGCACGCUGUGUUCAACAUCAUUGUCACACAGACGCUUUAUGACUUGCAGUCUGGGAACUCUGGAGAGAAAGUCAGUAAGGUCAGCUUGGUUGACCUGGCUGGAAGCGAAAGAGUGUCUAAAACGGGAGCCGCCGGAGAGCGACUGAAAGAAGGCAGCAACAUUAACAAAUCACUGACAACCUUGGGGUUAGUUAUCUCAUCACUGGCUGACCAGGCAGCUGGCAAGGGUAAAAACAAAUUUGUGCCUUAUCGAGAUUCAGUCCUCACUUGGCUUCUUAAGGACAAUUUGGGAGGCAACAGCCAGACCUCUAUGAUAGCCACCAUUAGCCCAGCAGCAGACAACUAUGAAGAGACCCUCUCUACAUUGCGAUAUGCAGAUCGAGCCAAAAGGAUUGUUAAUCAUGCCGUUGUGAAUGAGGAUCCCAAUGCAAAAGUCAUCCGGGAACUGCGGGAGGAAGUCGAGAAACUGAGAGAGCAGCUCUCGCAGGCUGAGGCUAUGAAGGCCCCUGAACUGAAAGAGAAGCUUGAAGAGUCUGAAAAGCUGAUAAAAGAACUAACAGUGACUUGGGAAGAGAAGCUGAGGAAAACAGAAGAAAUUGCACAGGAGAGACAACGACAACUUGAAAGUAUGGGGAUUUCCCUGGAAACAUCUGGUAUUAAGGUGGGCGAUGACAAGUGCUACCUGGUCAACCUGAAUGCAGACCCUGCUCUCAAUGAACUUCUGGUUUACUAUUUAAAGGACCACACGAGGGUGGGAGCAGACACCUCCCAGGACAUCCAGCUCUUUGGCAUUGGAAUCCAGCCUGAGCACUGCGAGAUUGACAUCGCACCCGAUGGUGACAUCACUCUUACUCCGAAAGAAAAUGCCCGGUCCUGUGUAAAUGGUACCCUCGUGUGCAGUACCACCCAGCUAUGGCACGGUGAUAGAAUCCUGUGGGGAAAUAACCACUUUUUUAGAAUUAAUUUGCCUAAGAGGAAACGGCGAGAUUGGUUGAAAGACUUCGAAAAAGAAACAGGGCCUCCGGAGCAUGACCUGGAUGCAGCCAGUGAAGCUUCUUCGGAACCAGACUAUAACUAUGAAUUUGCACAGAUGGAGGUUAUCAUGAAAACACUGAAUAGUAACGACCCAGUUCAAAAUGUGGUGCAGGUCCUGGAGAAGCAAUACCUGGAGGAGAAGCGGAGUGCGCUCGAGGAGCAGCGGCUCAUGUAUGAGCGGGAGCUGGAGCAGCUCCGCCAGCAGCUCUCCCCGGAGAGGCAGCCCCAGAGCUGCGGCCCUGGCCGCCUGGCCUACAGCCAGACCGCUCAGCAGAAGGUGACCCAGUGGGCAGAGGAGAGGGAUGAACUCUUCCGGCAGAGCCUGGCCAAACUGCGCGAGCAGCUGGUUAAGGCUAACACCUUGGUGAGGGAGGCAAACUUCUUAGCCGAAGAAAUGAGCAAACUCACUGACUACCAGGUGACUCUGCAGAUUCCUGCUACAAACCUCAGUGCUAAUAGAAAGAGAGGAGCAAUAGUGAGUGAGCCAGCUAUUCAAGUGAGGAGGAAAGGAAAAGGCACGCAAGUUUGGACCAUUGAGAAGCUGGAGAAUAGAUUAAUUGAUAUGAGAGACCUUUAUCAAGAAUGGAAGGAAAAAGUUCCUGAGGCAAAGAGACUUUAUGGGAAACGAGGUGACCCCUUCUAUGAAGCCCAAGAGAAUCACAACCUCAUCGGUGUGGCUAAUGUGUUUUUGGAGUGUCUCUAUUGUGAUGUGAAACUUCAAUAUGCAGUCCCUAUCAUCAGCCAGCAGGGGGAGGUUGCAGGGCGUCUCCACGUGGAAGUGAUGCGCGUCACAGGGACUGUCCCAGAGCGCAUGGUGGAAGACGACUCCUCAGAGAACUCCAGCGAGAGUGGGAGUCUUGAAGUCGUAGACAGCAGUGGGGAAGUCAUUCACCGAGUCAAAAAACUGACCUGCCGGGUGAAAAUUAAAGAAGCAACUGGGCUGCCCUUAAACCUCUCGAACUUUGUCUUCUGUCAAUACACAUUCUGGGACCAGUGUGAGUCCACAGUGGCUGCCCCAGUAGUGGACCCAGAGGUACCGUCCCCACAGUCCAAGGAUGCCCAGUACAGCGUGACCUUCUCUCACUGUAAGGACUAUGUGGUGAACAUAACCGAGGAAUUCCUGGAGUUCAUUUCAGAUGGAGCACUGGCCAUUGAAGUGUGGGGCCACCGGUGUGCUGGGAAUGGUAGCUCCAUCUGGGAGGUGGAUUCUCUUCAUGCUAAGACAAGAACGCUGCAUGACAGGUGGAAUGAAGUGACUCGCAGAAUAGAAAUGUGGAUCUCCAUAUUGGAACUGAACGAGCUAGGGGAGUAUGCCGCAGUAGAGCUUCACCAGGCGAAAGACGUCAACACUGGGGGCAUCUUUCAGCUCAGACAGGGUCAUUCCCGGAGAGUGCAAGUCACGGUCAAACCUGUACAGCAUUCAGGGACACUGCCACUUAUGGUUGAAGCCAUCCUGUCAGUAUCUAUUGGUUGUGUGACUGCCCGGUCCACCAAGCUCCAAAGAGGGCUGGACAGUUAUCAGAGAGAUGAUGAGGAUGGUGAUGAUAUGGAUAGUUAUCAGGAAGAAGACUUGAACUGUGUAAGAGAGAGGUGGUCUGAUGCACUCAUUAAGCGGCGAGAAUACUUAGAUGAACAGAUUAAAAAAAUCAGCAAUAAAAAAGAGAAAACCGAGGACGAAGUGGAGCGGGAAGCCAGGCUUGUGGAGCAGUGGGUGGGGCUGACUGAGGAAAGGAAUGCCGUGCUGGUGCCAGCCCCAGGCAGUGGGAUCCCCGGGGCACCUGCCGACUGGAUCCCUCCACCUGGAAUGGAAACCCACAUACCAGUUCUCUUCCUUGAUUUGAACGCGGAUGACCUCAGUGCCAAUGAACAGCUUGUGGGCCCCCAUGCCUCAGGUGUGAACUCCAUCCUGCCCAAGGAGCAUGGCAGCCAGUUUUUCUACCUGCCCAUCAUAAAGCACAGUGAUGAAGAGGUUUCAGCCAUAGCCUCGUGGGACUCCUCGGUGCAUGAUUCUGUUCACUUGAAUAGGGUCACUCCCCAGAAUGAAAGGAUUUACCUGAUAGUGAAGACCACAGUCCAGCUCAGCCACCCGGCUGCUAUGGAGAUAGUGUUACGAAAACGGAUUGCAGCCAAUAUUUACAACAAACAGAGUUUCACCCAGAGUUUGAAGAGGAGAAUGUCAUUGAAAAAUAUAUUUUAUUCCUGCGGUGUAACCUAUGAAAUAGUAUCCAAUAUACCAAAGGCAACAGAGGAGAUUGAGGACCGGGAGACACUGGCCCUCAUGGCAGCAAGGAGUGAAAACGAAGGCACGUCAGAUGGAGAAACGUACAUUGAGAAGUACACACGUGGCGUGCUGCAGGUGGAGAACAUUUUGAGCCUUGAGCGGCUCCGGCAGGCAAUCACAGUCAAAGAAGCACUUUCCACCAAAGCGCGGCACCUGCGGAGGAGCCUCAGCACCCCGAAUGUGCACAAUGUCUCUUCCAGUCGACCAGACCUUUCUGGCUUUGAUGAAGAUGAUAAGGGUUGGCCGGAGAACCAGUUAGACAUGUCUGACUACAGCUCCAGUUACCAAGAUGUAGCGUGUUAUGGGACUUUACCCAGGGAUUCACCUCGAAGGAGUAAAGAAGGUGGUACAUCAGAAAAUCCUCAUGCCUUAACCGUCAGCCCUUUUAAAGCAUUCUCUCCUCAGCCACCAAAGUUUUUCAAGCCCCUAAUGCCUGUGAAAGAGGAGCAUAAGAAAAGGAUAGCUCUUGAAGCAAGACCUCUUCUAAGCCAGGAGGACUCUGAGGAGGAGGACAGUGACCUGGAAGCUCUUAACAGGAAGCUGGCAGGCUCACAGCCUUAUGUACCAGUGGAGUUUGCUGACUUCAGUGUUUACAAUGCCAGCUUGGAAAACAGAGAGUGUUUUUCUUCUAAAGUGGAUUUGACGAACUCCAGGGUCUUGGAGAAAGAAGUAUCCCGUAGCCCUACCACCAGCAGUAUUACCAGUGGCUACUUUUCCCACAGUGCCUCCAAUGCCACCCUGUCCGACCUGGUGGUCUCCUCUAGUGACAGCUCAGAUCAGCUAGCCCUUCCGACGAAAGACACAGACUCCAGUGAGCAUUCUGGACUAUCGCUUGGGCAUGAUCUCAGACCUCCCUCAAACAAAGAGUCGACAGAGCUAGAAAAAGGCUUGGUAAAGGAUAAGAUCAUUAUGGUGCCACUCAAGGAAAACAGUGCCUUAGCCAAAGGGAGCCCAUCGUCCCAAAGUAUCCCUGAGAAAAACUCCAAAAUGCCCUGUAGGACUGGCUCAUGUUCAGAACAAGAUGCCUGCUCCAGCAAGAAUGGCCACGCCACCCGGGAGUUCUGUCCCGGGGAGGUGACCGUGGAGCACACCACAAACGUCCUCGAGGAUCACUCUUUCACAGAGUUCAUGGGAGCGUCAGAUGGGAAUGAUUUCGAUGCUCUGACAGAUUCUGCUGCUGGAGAGAUUGCAAGUAGGAAGAACCUUCCAAAUGAAACGGACAAUGAGAGUGUCUCAGAUGAGCCCCGGGACCCUGGCCAGCCGCAUUCCUUGGCAGAGAAUGACCAGGGGAGCACGACCUCCACUCCGCGGUGA